UGUCAAAGUGUCAAAUGUAAUCGGUCAACUCCGGAGUUCGUCGAUAUAUAAAAUCACAAGACUUGUAUCAGCUGGGUUGCUUAAAAAAUUGAAUUUUUUGAGUGGUGAAAUUGGACUCAGAUUAUUUCAGAAAACAUGGCUUCGAACAGUUCUAACGUGCAACACAGGGAACCUAAAUUCCAUGAAAUCAUUACAUCUUUCGAUGAUGGAAAAAUAGAUAUGCUGGCGGCUACAAGUGUGUUGCAACAAAAGGCAUCCGAUAUCAGGAGCCAAAAAGUGAAUUGGCAGUCAUAUUUCCAGUCUCAGAUGAUAUCCCAAGAAGAUUUCCAAUUUAUCACUCAAUUUGAUGUGCCAGAUAGAGAGAAACGCGAGGAACUUCUGCAGAGAGAUCGGCUUCAAUGUGCACAGACCUUCCUCAAUUUAUUGGGCCAUGUUUCAAAGGAUCAAACUUUGCAGUAUAUUCUAGUUCUAGCUGACGAUAUGCUUCAGGAAGAACAUAGCAGGGUUGAAAUUUUUCAUGAAUAUGCACACAAGAAGAAGGAAUCGGUUUGGGGCCCUUUCUUGAAUCUGCUGAAUCGUCAAGAUGGCUUCAUCACAAACAUGACUUCCAGGAUCAUUGCUAAAAUAGCGUGUUGGUCCCAUACUCCUAUGGAAAGGUCAGAUCUUCACUUUUAUCUGACUUGGCUGAAGGACCAACUGAAGAUGCAAUACGAUAACUUAGUGGCAUCCUUAGCUAGAGUCGAUGCUCUGCGUGGAGCAUCAGGAGAGCAGCCGUUGGAAUUGUUUAAGGAAGCUUCAUUCAGCAUCGAUGAACCUCAAAAACAUGAUGAAAUGACGAAUAACGAGUACAUCCAAUCUGUCGGUCGAUGUCUCCAGAUGAUGCUCAGAAUCGACGAAUACCGUUUCGCCUUCGUGUCAGUGGACGGCAUUUCCACCUUGCUGAGCGUCCUAUCUGGCCGCGUCAAUUUCCAGAUUCAGUACCAGCUGAUUUUCUGCCUGUGGGUGCUAACUUUCAAUCCGUUAUUGGCCGAGAAAAUGAACAAGUUCAACGUUAUCCUCAUACUGGCAGAUAUAUUGAGCGAUUCCGUUAAAGAGAAAGUGACCAGGAUCAUUUUGGCCGUUUUCAGGAACCUGAUCGAGAAACCUGAGGAUCCUCAAGUGUCCAAAGAGCAUUGUAUUGCCAUGGUACAGUCCAAGGUUCUCAAGCAACUUGCUAUUCUCGAGCAACGUAAGUUCGAAGACGAAGAUGUUACAGCAGAUGUUGAAUUUCUAACAGAAAGGCUACAAAGCUCUGUGCAAGAUUUGAGUUCCUUCGAUGAGUAUGCAACUGAAAUAAAGUCUGGACGUCUGGAAUGGUCUCCCGUCCAUAAGAGCAAAUUCUGGAGGGAGAAUGCUCAACGUUUGAACGAAAAGAAUUACGAAUUACUGCGCAUUCUGAUUCACCUCUUGGAAACUAGCAAGGAUCCUCUUGUAUUGAGUGUUGCUAGUUUCGAUAUUGGUGAAUACGUCAGACACUAUCCUCGCGGAAAAACGGUGAUCGAACAACUUGGAGGAAAGCAACUAGUAAUGCAACUUCUGGCCCAUGAAGAUCCAAAUGUAAGAUACGAGGCACUUCUGGCCGUUCAGAAGUUGAUGGUGCAUAAUUGGGAAUAUCUUGGAAAACAACUGGAGAAAGAACAGAGCAGUGAAAAGCCAACAAGUAAAGUCGUAACUGGGAAAGCAUAAUUUUAUAGAAUUAAUCAUCUUCACUAAGAUAUGUAUUCUAGGAUCAUAAUUAUGUCGAGGUAUUGUUUGUAUCCAGAACUGAAUGGAUGUUUUUUGGAUUUUAACAAAAGCAAGAUGUGAAAAUAAUGCCUAGUAGUAUUUUUAAGAAUCAUUAAAAGCAGAGUUUCUUUAACAUAAAUCCCUUAAUUCUUCAAAUGUUUUUCUUUGGUUUCCUAUGUAAAUAACUUGUAUUAUUUUGAACAUUCCAUUUGAUGUCCAUUUUGGAAUGUUUUUCCUUCCUUACAGUAGUAUUAUUUCUUUGUAAAUAGUUUGGAUCUUGUUGAAAUUUGUAGUCGUCUAUGUAAUUGUUGACAGGUAAUAAAAAAUAUAUAUAUACAUA